CCACCGGAACUAUCUAGAAGUAGCUGUAAUGUAUCUGUAAUGAUCUAGAACAAUCUAGCUAGAAUUGGAACUGUACUUUGUACUUAGUGGAAAGUUCUAGAAGUUACUUUAGCUUUGUAUAUAUAAGAAGGUUCUGUACUGUGCUCGGUGUGUUCUAUUCUACCCCAAGAAUAUUUAUCUAUGUCAAAGUGAAGACAAUAAUUAAUAGAUACAACAAUUGGCGACAAGGAUUAACUCAGAAGACAAGAAGAAGCUAUGGCUACCCAGCAUGGCGCUUUUGGAGAAUUCUGUCCAGACAAAGAAGACUGGAUAUCCUACACUGAAAGACUAGAGCAGUAUUUUCAGGCGAAUGAUGUCGACGCUGCAGAGAAGCAGAGGGCUAUAUUACUGAGUGUAUGUGGAGCAUCAACGUAUCAACUGAUCAGAGACUUAGUGGCUCCAGAACGGCCAAGCACCAAGACUUUCCAAGAGGUAGUACAACUCGUGAAAGAACACCACCAGCCUCCACCAUCGUUUAUCGUGCAGCGAUACAAUUUUAAUAUGCGAAGCCAGAAAGAAGGAGAGACAAUUUCAGCAUUCAUGGCCAGCCUGAGAAGACUCUCUGAGCACUGCAAAUACGAAGCUAUUCUGGAUGACAUGCUUAGAGAUAGACUCGUUUGUGGAGUCAGAGAUAGGAGGAUUCAACAGCGUUUACUCUCAGAAACAAAUCUCACCCUUCAAAAAGCUAUGGAAUUAGCAUUAGCGGCAGAGGCAGCAACUCGCAACUCUCAAGAACUCCAAGCAAGCAAGACACAGAACACUGAAGCUCUACACAAAGUCCAGCACUCUAAAACAAGUCAAAAGGAAAGCAAGAGCAAAACGUUUGGACCUUGCUACCGCUGUGGAGGAAACCAUGCCCAAAGGGAUUGUCGAUUCCGAGAAGCUGAGUGUCGUGAAUGCAAGAAGAAAGGACACAUCGCUCGAGUAUGUCGCUCUAAGACAAAAAGGAAGUCAACUCAUAGAGUCAGUCAGGAACAAAGUGAGUCAGAAGGAACUGAAGAUGAAAUUCUACUCCUACAUUGUACAAGAACGAACACUACUGAGCCGAUCACUGUUACCGUGAAAGCAAAUCAAGCUGACCUUGAAAUGGAAGUGGACACCGGAGCUUCAGCUUCCAUCAUCAGUGAAGCUACUUACAAGAAACUCUGGCGAGGUCGUUUACCUCCACUGAAGAAUACAAAUGUCAAGUUACGUACUUACUCAGGAGAAAUCAUCAAGGUACAGGGAACCACGACGAUUGAAGUGGUUUACGAGAGUCAAAAGGAGCAGCUUCCUCUUCUAGUAGUCGUUGGAAAUGGUCCAAGUCUACUUGGAAAAGACUGGAUGAAAAAGAUCCGCCUAAACUGGAACAAGUUAGUGCACAAAGUGGAAGAGGAACACACACUGAAAGCUGUUAUUGCGAAACAUCCCAAUGUUUUCAAGGAAGGACUUGGACUAGUCAAAAGUUAUUCAGCAAGGAUUCAUGUUGACCCUGCCUCAUCACCGAGAUUCUGCAAGGCAAGGCCUGUAGCCUAUGCUCUGAGGGUAAAGGUCAAUGCCGAACUAGACCGACUUCAGAAUGAAGGCGUCAUCGAGCCUGUAGAGUUUUCUGAAUGGGCUGCACCCAUUGUUUCUGUGAUCAAGCCCAAUGGAUCUCUUCGUAUAUGCGGCGACUACAAAGUGACAGUCAACUCUGCAUCGAAGCUAGACAAGUACCCAUUACCCAGGAUUGAAGAUCUAUUCUCUCAGCUGGAAGGAGGUAAAACAUACUCUAAACUCGACUUAUCUAACGCUUUUCAGCAAGUCUCACUUGAUACCGAGUCCAAGAAGUUCACAACUAUCAACACGAGCAAAGGUCUUUUCCAGUAUACUCGACUUCCGUUCGGUAUUUCUUCAGCACCUUCCAUAUUCCAGAGAGUUAUGGAUGGAGUCUUGAGCGGUCUCGAUGGAGUAGCAGCUUACAUUGAUGACAUUGUUGUCACCGGAAAAACAGAACAAGAGCAUCUGCAAAACCUGGACAAGGUACUCACACGAUUGGAACGAGCAGAUCUCCGACUCAACCCUGCCAAAUCAGCCUUUAUGCUACCAAGUAUUCAGUAUUUGGGUCACGUCAUCUCAGCUAAAGGCAUACAACCUAGCCAAGAGAAGGUUCGAGCUCUACUUGAAGCACCAGCUCCCAACAAUCUCCAACAAUUGAGAUCUUUCCUGGGCGCUAUCAGUUAUUAUCGAAAGUUCUUAUCCAAUCUGUCCAGUAAGCUGGCACCACUGAACAAGCUCCUGCAGAAGGAAGUGAAGUGGACAUGGGGAAAAGAACAGGAGUUAGCAUUCAAGGAAGCUAAGCAGCAACUGACGUCUACGAAUGUACUCACACACUACAACCCCGAAAAGACCCUGUUGCUAUCAUGUGACGCCUCACCUUAUGGGUUAGGAGCAGUUAUUUCACACAGACUGGAUGACGGAAGUGAGAAGCCAAUAGCUUUUGCCAGCAGAUCAUUGGCACCGGCUGAAAGAAAAUAUGCCCAAUUGGACAAAGAAGCACUCUCAAUUGUAUUUGGAGUAAAGAAGUUCCAGCAGUAUCUACAAGGUCGAAAAUUCAUCAUUCUCUCUGAUCACAAACCACUGCAACACCUACUCAGUGAAAACAAGCCGAUACCGGUGUUGGCAUCUGCCAGGAUUAAGAGAUGGGCUCUGAUUCUCAGUGCGUACGAUUACAAGAUCGAAUACCGACCAGGACAACAACAUGGCAACGCAGAUGUCCUAAGCCGCCUACCUCUUCCAGAGACAGUGAAAGAAGCGAGUCUGCCAGGAGAAACAGUUCUUUUAAUGGAAACUCUUCAUAGUGCACCAGUCGAUUCCAAGAAAAUCCGCUUCUGGACAGACCACGAUCCAGUAAUGUCUAAAGUCAGAAGAUUAGUGUUGUCAGGAUGGAAAUUCUCAGAUGACGAGAAGUUGCAACCCUACCAAAAAUGUCACAAGGAAUUAAGUGUACAGGAUUCUUGUGUGCUGCGGGGAGAAAGAGUUGUUGUUCCAGAAGAAGGCAGAAACAAGACCUUAGAAAUUCUACACGAUGGACAUCCAGGAAUAACAAAGAUGAAGCUACUAGCAAGAAGUGUCGUUUGGUGGCCAGGAAUCGAUUCGGAUAUCGAAAACAAGGUAAAAACGUGCGAGAUGUGUGCACUUCACCAAAAGUCUCCUCCAAUUGCCCCUUUACAUCCUUGGGAAUGGCCAAAGACGCCAUGGACAAGACUACACAUCGACUACGCUGGACCAUUUAUCGGGAAAAUGUUUCUCGUAAUUGUGGAUGCUUACUCAAAAUGGUUAGAAGUUAUGCCUGUGUCGUCUGCCAACUCCACUCAGACAGUUACAGCACUUAGGCAAGUGUUCUCUACCCACGGGAUACCCGAAGUCAUAGUGUCUGAUAAUGGCACUCCAUUUACAAGUUUCGAGUUCAAGACAUUUACCAAGAGCAAUGGAAUUCGUCACUUAACAUCUGCACCAUACCAUCCAUCAACCAAUGGUCUUGCAGAAAGAGCAGUCCAGACUUUCAAGAGAGCAAUGAAGAAAAGUGGAUCUGGAGAGUUAAGUACCAAACUAGCUCGUUUUUUGUUUCAUUAUCGAACAACGCCUCAUUCUACAACUGGCCAGACUCCAGCAGAACUACUCAUGGGACGUUCCCUCCGAACAUGCUUGGACUUGUUAAGGCCAAACAUCAGAGCUAAGGUAGAAAACAAACAGCUCUCGCAGAAGUCAUCUCAUGACGUCAGAGUGAAAGAACGCUCAUUCUUCCCACAAGACAAAGUGUAUGUUAGAGAAGCAGGUACCAAUUCACCAUGGACGCCUGGAGUGAUUGUAUCGAAACAAGGAAAUCUUACGUACGGAGUGAGACUAGAAGACGAACGACUAGUUAGGAGACAUGUGGAUCAUGUUCGAAGUCGCUCUUCAUCCUCCGAUGAACCGCAGCAAACUGAAGAAGAAAUGCCCGAUGAGAUAGACAUACCCUCAUCACCAGCUCAGCCAGAAGAAUCACAAAACCAAGAAGAACCAGCUCAACCAGAAGAUUCACAAGAAGAAGAGCAACUUCAAGCUCAAGAGCCUCUCAGACGAUCUACUAGAGGUCAUAGACAACCGGAACGUUACGGAUAUUCAAUUCCCACCACAGAUGAACCUUCAAUCUAAGGGUGGAGGAAUGUAGUAUCCACCGGAACUAUCUAGAAGUAGCUGUAAUGUAUCUGUAAUGAUCUAGAACAAUCUAGCUAGAAUUGGAACUGUACUUUGUACUUAGUGGAAAGUUCUAGAAGUUACUUUAGCUUUGUAUAUAUAAGAAGGUUCUGUACUGUGCUCGGUGUGUUCUAUUCUACCCCAAGAAUAUUUAUCUAUGUCAAAGUGAAGACAAUAAUUAAUA